CAAUCAAAGCAACUGUUGUCCUACUCCCUCUGCUGGGAGUGGCAAACCUCUUGUUUCUAGCACAACCUGUGAAAGAUGGAACCAUCGUCAUGUCGGUCUAUAGGGUCAUCAAUGGGAUAUUGCCAUCUUUGCAGGGCGUGUUUGUAUCAGUUCUCUACUGCUUUAUGAAUUCAGAGGUUCAGAACGUGAUCAGGAAGAAGUGGAAACGGUUCCGAACCAACCGAGCAAUGAACACACGGUCACGUCGGCAGGGAUCCAGAACCUCGUCCUACUUCCUUACGUUUGUGUUUCAUUCAAGUGUGUGCGUGGAUGGGGU